AUGCCAGAGGGUGCUGCGACUGACCGUGCUGCACCUGGAGGCGCUCCCUCCUCACAGCAGCUGCGGGAGUGGUACUUGCAGUACUGCAGCCUCAGGGGGGGCGCGUCUGGAGCUAGGGGUGCUUCUGGAGCUGGUGCUCGUGGUUCCCCUCCUCGUCGGGAGCCGCCCUCUCCCCAGCGGCUCCGAGAGUGGUACGCUCGGCGCUGCAGUCUCCGGAGUGGCGCUACUGGUGUCGCGGACCCUGGAGCUGGAGCUGGUACUGGUGCUGGUGCUACUGACGCUGGAGCUGCUGGAGGCACUGCUGGCGCUGGAGGCACUACUACUUCUGGAGGUGCUGCUGGAGCUGCUGGAGGUGCUGGAGCCUCUGGUCCUGGAGGUGCUCGUACAGGCGGUACUGGAGCUGCUGGGACUGGGGGUUCUGCUGGAGCUGGAGCUGCUGGAGGUGCUGCUGGUGCUGGAGCUGCUGGUGGUGCUGCUGGAGGUGCUGCUGGUGCUCGAGCUGCUGGAGACGCUGCUGGUGCUGGAGGUGCUGCUGGUGCUGCUGGAGGUGCUCCUAGUGCUGGAGCUGCUGGAGGUGCUGCUGGUGCUGGAGCUAGUGGAGACGCUGCUGGUGCUGGAGGUGCUGCUGGUGCUGGUCCUGGAGCUGCUGGGACUGGAGCUGCUGCGGGAGUUGGAGCUGAGGGUGCUGGUGUUGUCCCUGCUGGUUCAGGAGGAGCUGCGCGGCCGCGGCCGUACUACGUUCCGCUCCUUCAGCAGGUUCUUGGCCUCCCGCCCUCCACUGGUCCUUCUCCUCCCCUACUGAGUCCACCACCUGUCCAGUCGCAGUCACAGUUACCGCUUGCCUCUCCGCUGCCUGGUCCUUCUCCUUACGCUGGGCCGACUGGAGGCCUUUCAGAGCGUCCGUGUCCCUUUGCCGUCUCCUCCUGA